ACCUUCACUUCACUUCACUUUCUUGAAAACAAUAAGUCUUGUAUUUUUUCUUUAGAUAGAUACAAAAUUUAUUCUUUUAGUGUACAAACAAAAAUAUUGUUUUAUCAUUGGGCAAGAAUUCGUUGAUGGAAUACCAAAAGGGAAAGAUGGAAAAGACAGGAACGCGAACGCCACCAAGACUUGUUCCAGAGAGAGGAAAAGUGAAAGCUAGAAUUUGUGGGGAGUUAAUAAAGGAAGUUAAGGACGUGACAAGAUCAUCGACUGUCACAAAAAAACCGAGGUCAUCUUGUUGUUGUUGUUGGGUUUUUAGGUCUUUUGGGAAGUGAGAUCUUCUUCUCGUUACUCAUCCGAUCUUUAUCUUCGAUUUAUCUUUAUUUAUGUGUGUUUUGAAUGUAUAAAGAAUAUUUUUUUAUGAUGUAAAAGUAUGCCAUUUCCUAUGAUCAUUCUUUAGUAUACAUGAUGAUAGAGGUGCAAGGUUUUAAAAAGUACCAAAACAACAACAAUAUGCGCCACUUCCAAUAGAAAAACAAAUAUUAGUCAUUUAUGCGGUUAAUGGUUUAUGUGAUCGAACAUCACUAGAUAAAAUUUCAUCGAUGCUUCAACCGACGACAUCAGGUGGCGAAAAUCAAGGUGGCCGAUGUUGUGGUUGAUGUUGAGGAGAAGGGGUAAAAUUUCAAUUUUGAAUGAGAAAAGUUCACAGAAGGUUGAGAAGUAGUACGCCCGAUUCACCAGGUUCUACCACUGUAGGGCCAAAUCAUAGUCAAAAGAAGAUCGGAUAUUGAAGAUCACUAGUGGUAGUUGUUUCAAAUGAAGUUAAAAAAGAUAGUCCCUAUAAUUUAUCUAAAUUACAUAUAUAAUUAUGGAUCCCUUUAAAAUUUAGUUAUUACAAAUAAAUUUAUUUGAUCAUUGAUUUAUAUCAACACUAACCAUAGUCACAACCCGUUUAAUUGACGUCGAACAGUCCGACUAUAACCAGAUCCUGAAAAUCACAACCCGUUUCAACUUUCGGAUCCACCUUACAUACCCGAAUCAUCAUCAUCAUCAACACAAAAAACAGUCGAAAAAUAAUUCAAACGAACCCCCAAAUCAAUCUUCCAGACGCUACUGAAGAAGACGAACGACACAGCAGCAUCUAAGAAAAAUAUGGAUGAUUAUACCAGAGAAAUGAUGGACCUCAAGACGCUCGUCACUCGAACCCUAGAAAAGAAAGGGGUUCUCGCUAAGAUCCGAGCUGAACUCAGAGCAAGUGUAUUUGAGGCAAUAGAGGAAGAAGAUAAAGUAAUUGAAAAAGACGAAGGGCUACCGCCUGCGCUGCUGGGUAGCUGCAAUGAUCGUGCAAAGCAGCUUCAUGCUUCCCCUUCAGGCCGGCUUCUAACUGCGCUAAUAUGUGAAUACUUGGAUUGGGCACAGUUGGAUCACACACUGAAAGUUUAUUUGCCGGAGUGUAAUUUGCAAAAAGAUGCAUGGAAAGCGGAGUUAAGGGACUUUAGUAAUAAGAACGGAUAUGAUAUAAACAGGAACGGAGAUAGUGGCCCGUUGCUGUUGGACGUGCUUGAAGGGUUCUUGAAAUUUGAGAGUCAAUCUCAAGGAAGAAGUAAUCCAGAUUCUCGAAACCGAAGGCCAUCUUCAUCAUCUGUUGUUGGGGGAUUAGCUCCUUUGGGAAGACAAGGUACCGGUUCUCAAGCAUCUGAGCGAAGAGGAGGUUCCUCAAACUCUAGCUACAGGGGUGAUGAUUACAACUGGAGAUAUGAAAAUGACGAUAGUUCAGAGGAUAUUAGCCGUGCCUCAAUUGCCCUUGAGAAUCUUCAGUUGGACAGAAAGGCUCGAAACUUGACCACCUCUUGGCGGCAUGGUGGGGAUGACCGCAGCAAAGACCACAUGUAAGAUACCAGAGAAGGUGUAGUUUGUAGCAGACGAUAAUGUAUGCCUUACCUAAUAUAUGCGACAGCCGUUUCAUAAAGAACAAAAGCUCAUGUUUCAUUUUUCAUGUUUUCUGUUGUAUGUUUUAAUGCCUUGUUAGCGUAUUUCUUUAAUUUUGUGUUUCUUUAAUUUCGGUCGAUCUUUUCUCUGCCCUUUGUUUUGAAGGCUGGAUAUGAUUUAGCAUGAAAACAAGUGUUUUGUGUGAUUUAAUUGUAAAUUUUACUGCAAUGCUUACAUAGUUUUGUGUUAAA